AUGGCAAUGAAUAUUAUCAGAAAUAAUUUAUCAGCUUCAGUUGGAAAAUAUUUGCAAGCUGCUUCUGCGCUGAAAUAUUCUACAGAAAUGUUACCAACGUACAAAACAUUAGCGGUAUCUGUCCCAAGACCAUUUGUUUAUAUGGUCAAGAUGAAUAGACCAGAGAAACUAAAUGCAAUAAAUCCUACUAUGUGGAAAGAAUUUAAGGAAUGUUUUGAUGCGUUAUCAACAAAUCCAGAUUGCAGAGUAAUUAUUUUAUCAGGUGCUGGCAAAGCUUUUUGUGCAGGAAUUGAUCUCAAAGGAAUGAUGGAGUUAGGUCAAAGCUUAAUAGAGCACGAGGAUAUUGCACGCAAAUGCAAAGUUAUGGAACAUAAAAUUAAAGAUUAUCAAGAAUCAUUUACUGCUAUAGAAAAGUGCUCAAAACCUGUGAUAGCCGCUGUACACGGUGCAUGCAUAGGCGCUGGCGUGGACAUGAUAUCCGCAGCUGAUAUACGCUACGCGUCUUCCAAUGCAUAUUUUCAAAUAAAGGAAGCUGAUAUAGGUAUGGCAGCCGACGUAGGUACACUUCAAAGAUUUCCAAAAAUCGUGGGAUCUGAUAGCUUGGUAAGAGAGCUUGUCUACACGGCGCGGAAGUAUCCAGUUACUGAAGCAUUGGAAAGUGGAUUUGUAAGCCGCAUGUUGGACAAUGAGGAAAGCUUAUUGAAUAAAUCACUAGAAAUCGCUGAAAAUAUCGCAAGCAAAAGUCCAGUCGCUGUGCAAGGUUCAAAGAUGAGUUUGGUAUAUUCUAGAGAUCAUUCUGUCCAAGAAGGAUUAGAUCACAUUGCGAUGCAUAAUAAGGCAAUGCUUCAGAGUGAAGAUUUUUUGAAUGCAGCUAUGGCACAAGCUGUUAAAGGCGAUCCUCCAAUAUUCUCAAAGUUAUAAAUUAUUAUUGUUGAUUUAUUUUUAAUAUUCUUGAUACUUGAUAUUCUUGAUUUGUUUUUGAUAGUCUUAAUACGUUACAUAUUAAUUCAUAUCAAUGUUAUAUUAACAUUAAAUAUAAAAAUAGAUGCAUGUAUUUUUUGAAAAUAUAACAAAAUAUAAAAUAAAUUUAUAUAACUUUUCUAAUUA